CGCGCUGCCGCCUUGUUUACCAUCCGACACACAAGCGGAAGUUCAGCAAGUACACAACGCUCGCGGUAGGUACACGUGGGUAGACAAGUUUAUACGAGUAAUGUGGCGCAUCCAACUUAAUUAGAAACAUGCCAAAGAGACAGACAGCCAUGGUAGAAGAGAACACCGGUUCGGAAGUGGGACUCGAGGACAAGGAGGCCCAGGAACUACCACCCGAGACCAUGCGGACCCGCAGCGGCCGCAAAGUGCGCCCUCCCGCCGCACUUCUGGACUCCGAAGUCCCGGUGAGGACCCCGAUGCGGAGGACCAGGCGGUCCGUCCUCCAGGAGCUGCCCGCCGCAGAGACGAAAAACACGCAGGAGGCGGCGCCGAAACUCGAGAGUGUGGCCGAGGAGAAGCUCGGCACGUCGGUCGAACCGGAGUCCGGUGACGGUGCCUCGCCAGCGGCUCCGCCCGGGCCUGCGCCAGCAGAAACGGCACCCACGAUUUCCGAGGCCCCGCCAAAUAAGAAGCCCCGUUUGGUUUCAAGUGUAAAACCAACCGCGGCCAUCCCUCUGGGAAAACCCAAAUCCGGCAGAGUGUGGAAGAACCGCAACAAGCAGAGGUUCUCUGCGCUGCUAAGAGACAAACCGUUGUGCUCUUCAUGGGACAAGAAGAUGGCGGCCAAACGAGAGAAGGAGCUGGUGAAAAACUACACGUUACAGCUUAAAGAGCACAAAGUCAAACAGAAAGAGGACAAGAGAAAAAGGAGAGAGGACACAUUGAAACGUCGUGCAGAGAACGAACGCAAAUCAGAGAUUGUGCAAGUGAUCAAUAACACAACAAAGAUCAAGAGGAUGAAGAAGAAACAACUGAGGAGAAUUGAGAAGAGAGACACCCUGGCUCUGCUGCAGAAGUCUCAGAAGCAAAGUGUAAAAGUCAAAAGGCAAAAGGGUCCAAAGGUUGAUAAAGAAGUGACCUAGAGACUGAAAAAUAAAAAUGCAACUGAUUAGA